ACAUUUAAAAUACAAUGAGAAACUAAUGAACUCAACAGAGAAUUUUCAGCGAUGCCAAGUUCAACAAUCCGUUUGUCAGCGGGUGGCAACGAUUAUGAAGAGUUUUGUAACUUUGGCACCAUGAAACGAAAUGUGUUAAUUAAGUUCACGCAGUCUGCAAAGUAGAAUAGGGAUUUUUUUUUUUUUUGACAAUUAGUCCGUCAGAGUUAUCGAGAGAGUCAGCUCAGAGGAGUUUGUUUUGUUAAUUGCUCGUGUUAAGCCUAAUUACGGUUUUGGGUGGAGCUGUCAGGACAGGAGGGAGGGGGACGCGCUUUGUAUAGGCUAUGGAAACAGUAAAGUCCUAUCUUAACAGACUUCAGUACACUCGGACUACAAAGUAAGACAGUCACGUAGGAGCUAAAAUUGGGAUACCAGAGCCACCAUUCAACGGGAAGAGAUUAAUGGAAACGCGAACAGGCCUCCCAGCAUAGCACAGUCAUGUUGACCACAGAGGGGGCCCCCCAUACCGCUGAACACAUUGCAGUGAAAAUGGACGUAGAGGACGCAGACAUGACCCAGUGGACGGAGGCAGAGUUUGAGAAGAAGUGCACCUACACCGUUAAGGACCAUCCGCUGGAGGGAGGUUCUGAGAGCUCUGAGCUGACCCGGGCGGAAGCCUCGCUCCCCCGGAACCUCCUCUUCAAGCACCAUCCCAGCUCCAAAGAGGUGAUUGGAGUGGCGAGCAGAGAGUACAUACCUAAGGGGACACGCUUUGGCCCCCUUGUGGGUGAGAGCUACACUGCAGAAACUGUGCCCAAGGACGCAAACAGGAAGUACUUCUGGAGGAUCUACUCAGAGGGGGAGUUCCACCAUUUUGUGGAUGGCUUCAAUGAGCAGAAGAGCAACUGGAUGCGUUAUGUGAACCCAGCCCACUCGCAGCAGGAGCAGAACCUGGCCGCCUGCCAGAACGACAUGAACAUCUACUUCUAUACCGUCAAGCCCAUCCCCGCAAACCAGGAGCUUCUGGUGUGGUACUGCCCAGAGUUCGCGGAGCGCCUGCACUACCCGCCCUCCGGAGAGCUCAUGAUGCAGAAACUCAAGCAGAGUUUGAUGGAGGUAAAGCAGCAGACCUCUGAGGUGUCCCCGAUCUGGGAGAAGAGCUCUGGAAAGAGGGAGCACAGCGUCUCCGAAAUCCUCAAGGGAACCCACAAGGAGCCCAGCAGGCCCCUACCCACGCGCCCCACGUGUCUGGACAGCCCGCCGUCCCGCAAGUGCAGUCCAGAGCGCACCUUCAACCCCCGCGUCAUCUACCCCGUCCGCCCCCACAUCAACGAAGAGUACUUGGCCAGCCCCGCAUUUGGCCUGAACCGCACUAGCUACCCCGCCCGCUCGCCUGGCCAGUCCUCCGCCACGCCCAGCCCCACAGCCCGGAGCAGCCCGGAGACCAGCCCUCAAAGCAGCCCCGGGCUGCAGGCCCCGACACCCUCCACCCACGAGCACAAGGAGGGCUUCUUCUCCUCAGCGCUGUACCGCCGCGGUCUGGGACACUACCCCGACUACCCGUCCCCCGCCCACCUCCCCUCAGCGUUCUACCCCAGUCCCCACUAUUCUCGCUACCUCCUGUCCCACUACCCCAUGGGCUGUAAUGGGCUGAGCGGGGGUCCCGUGAGCUCCAUCUUCCCCCGCAUGUACCCCAUUUACAGCAACUUGGUCCCUGGAGGGGCGCUGCCCCCCCACAUGCCCCUCCCCACCAGCAUGCUACCCCCCGAGGGGGGGCGACGGCUUCUCCUGCCACCUGACACCGCUCACAGGGACUUCCUGCUCCCGGCGUCCACCAGCGCCUUCUCAGCAGCCACUUCCCUGAAGGACAGUGCCCCCCACGGGCCCGGCAGCGGCUCGCCCACCGCCGGCUCGGCCGCCUCCACCGAACGGAUGCCCACCAAGCCCACCCCGGCUCUGCUGCCCGUUGGCCGUGCCGAUGAGGAGGCCAUCAACCUCAGCAAGAUGAAGCGUGGCAGCAGCACCACCGGUUACAAGACGCUGCCCUACCCACUCACGAAGCAGAACGGCAAGAUCAAGUACGAGUGCAAUGUCUGCAACAAGACCUUCGGGCAGCUCUCAAACCUGAAGGUGCAUUUGCGUGUUCACAGUGGAGAGAGGCCCUUCAAGUGUCACACCUGCAAUAAGGGCUUCACCCAGCUGGCCCACCUGCAGAAACAUUAUCUGGUCCACACAGGUGAAAAACCACACGAGUGCCAGGUGUGUCACAAGCGAUUCAGCAGCACCAGCAACCUGAAGACUCACCUGCGCCUGCACUCGGGCGAGAAGCCCUACCAGUGCAAGCUGUGUCCGGCCAAGUUUACACAGUUUGUGCACCUCAAGCUGCACAAGCGCUUGCACACGCGUGAUCGCCCACACAAGUGCCUGCACUGCCUCCGCUGCUACAUCCACGUGAGCAGCCUCAAGGUCCACCUGAAGGGCCACUGCCCCGCCGCACCCUCCCCUCCUGUGCGCUCCCUCGGCGACCUCAACCGCGUCAACGAGGAGAUCGAGCGCUUCGACCUCAGCGACAACGCCGACCGGCUCGAGGAGAUGGACAGUGUGGACGUGGAGACGGUGGUGGAAAAGCAGAUCCUCAACAUGCUCUGGCGGGAGAUGGACCUCAAGGCCUCCUACCACAAGGGCGGCAGCGCUGGUGAGCUGCUCUCUGCGGGCUACGGCCUCUACGAGCCCGGCAGCGAGACCUCCGUCAUCAAGCUGAGACACAGUAGCCCUCUACCUCUGUUCCCCAUCAAGGUCAAACAGGAAUCCGACGAACCCAUGGAUGCAUAAGCCUCACCCCGAACGCCCAGCUUUUACUGAAGGAACCGUGAAAUGGAAAGUGACUGUGUAUAUGAGCGCCAGGAUGCCUGGGGCAAGAGGUGUACAUAGUUUCUUUUGUCAUUGUAACAAGGCUUUGGCUCCUCCAUCAGGGACUUUUGUACUCAGGGCUAAGAAAGGCAUUGUUUCAGACUACUCAUGGUCUCCUCCUCUUUCCACUUAUGUUAAAGACAAUCGUGUACCCAUGAUUUAAUAUUAUUAUUAAUAUUAUUAUUGUUGUAUUUGUUGUCAUUAUUUGCAGUUUUUUUUUGUUCAAUUCUUAUAUAUUUUCCCUAAUUUAUUAUGCAAUUAGUUUAAAUAGUCUAAAAGCAAUACAUGGAAAUGUUUACAAUGACCAGAUAAUUCAUUGUAAUUGAAUAUUUUCUUAUUUCUGUCUUUUUCUAUGUGGCCAUUCUUUUGUAGAUAUUUUUCUUCUUGUGUGUGCUUGUCUUGUUAGGUUGACCCUCAGAUUAGAGAGCGAGACAAUUAAAUGUAUAGUAGAGGCCAGCAUAAUUCAGUAUUCAGGGUUGUUUUUUCACAUAAGGUAUGAAAUAUCAAUGGCUUGCUUUUGUGUUGCCAAAGGUCGACAUUUGAAACGUUAAACCAUGGGAUCAUUAGUGUAAAAAAGAAAGAAAAAAACUUGUUUUUGUUCCACAUUGUCGCCCCCAGUAUCUGUACUUGUGUUUAAGUUCUAGGUAAUUUAACUAAAACUAAAGGGCAUUUUGUAUAUUUUUUUCAACAACGGUUACCUCAGUGUGUGUGUGUCCGGAGAGACGAGGGAGCGGCUGUUAUAUUUAUUGCUUUGCUACUUGAAGAAGAAAAACCAAAAUGAACUGAAAGAGUCCAUUUUUCAGCUCGGCCCAAAGAGCCGGAGAAAUCCAUUUAGAUGUAGCACGUCGGCUAUGAAGCUGAGAAUACUCUGUAUAUCUGUAGAGGCAAAAGUGAUCUUUGAUAUGCUGUCGAUACCAAAAGGAGACUAUUGAACGUAAAUAGAGAGCUUUUUUUGGAUUUGAGGGCUAGUUACCAAAGUUCACUUGGUUUUGUUUCAAGCACCAAAAAAUAAUUACAAUGAAAAUAAAAGAAACUAAGAGGAAUAUUGUGUGUCUAAUGUAUAAAUGAAGUGUUGGUUCAUUAGCUGUGAUCUGUUCUUAGCCUAUAGCUUUUUGUUUUCGUGUUUGUUUUUUGGAAUUUGCCCCCAUCGCUCUCGUGAAUAGCACAGACCAAAGCGGUCGUCUGCACUGGCAUUUCUGUCUCUUUACUGCCGGUGCUUUUUAAAACCAGAUUUGACAAAGAGACUAUUCAGCAAUAGCUUUAAGAUGAUCUCGUCUCCACGGCGAAUGCGUCUGUGGCCGAGGGUUGGCGCCCUGAAUGUAGCAGUACAGUGGAGCUUCCACCUGAACAAUGACCAAAGUUUCCCCAGCAAAGUUUCACCUACUUCAGUCUUUAAAGGAAAAACUCUUUCUUUUGUUUACAUGCCGGUUUACAUAGUUAUGUGCAACAUGUCAAAAUGUAAAUUAUGAUAUAAAUGUUCAUUGCUCUA